AUGGCGCUUCUCAAUUUUACCCUCAGUGAGGAGGGCGUUGCAGCCUUUCGUGACGCCCUCAUCUGCCUAAACAAGUUCAGUGACGACGUUUCAGUCGAGGCACGCAAGGAUUCAUUUGUUCUCACAACCCUUAAUACCUCCAAAUCUGCCUACGCGAGUGUCAGAUUUGCCACGACAAAGUUCUUCUCCCGUUAUCAGUACCAAGGGAGUCGCCAAUUCCGGGACCGUUUCUACUGCACCCUCUACAUACGCGCCUUAAUCUCUUUGUUUCGUGCUCGCACGGCGCCCGACUCACAAAGAGAUGCAGAGAAACAAACGCUCAUCGAGAGAUGUGAUGUCGCCAUUGAAGACGGCGAAGGAGUUCAGAGUCGUUUCAUCGCACGCCUCAUCUUUCGAAAUGGACUGACAUCCACACAUCGUCUCCCUUUUGAGGUUGCCGUACCUGUCCACGCCAAGUUCAACAGACAAGAUGCUCCUCAUCACUGGACCAUUUCCUCACGGACGUUGCGGCAGCUGAUGGAUCACUUUGGUCCUGGUAUCGAAUUUCUUGACAUCAAUACCGACGGUGAUCAUGUCAAUUUUACUUGUUUUAGCGAAAAGACAGUGAGCGAGGAUGCGGUUCUAAAGAAGCCACUCCAAACAUCAAUCGCCGUCGAGGCCGAUGAAUUUGACGACAUUGACGUGGAAGACAAGCUUCACAUUGUGAUUGCUGUCAAAGAUUUCCGAGCCAUUGUACAACAUGCUGGCAUGACAGGGAACGACGUAUCGGCUCGCUACUCAAUUCCUACACAGCCCAUACAGCUUUCUUAUACCGGCGAUGCCAUGUCAUGCGAGUUUCUCGUCAUGACAGUUGGUGAGCGUGGAACCAAUACUAGCCAAAGGACUAAGAAAGGCCGCAAAAACGCACCACAGAGUACCGGGCCGCGUCUCGAGGCCACUUCACGUAGGCCGAGUAUGGCUCCUCCAGAAUCACAACCCGUUCCUCAGCCAGCCCCUCCUCCUUCAAUACCUCCACAUAACCCGACACCACAGUUGAGCGCUGCUAGAGCCAGCGCGUCUCGUGCAGGGGCUUUUGACCUCCGGCCUUCGCAGAAACCCCAGCCGCCUGCAACAAACAGAUCUGAGAGUUUGUUUGUUGAGGAUGAAGGCUGGGAGCCCAUCAACUACGAAGAUGAGGAACUUGCAGAAGACAAUGCCAAAUUGGGAUGGGACCAUAGUAUCGACCCGAAUGCUUCUGCUCUGAAUAUGAGCCGCUUCGCGGAGAAUCCUGCUCCUACUGAACCCGAAGUCGAACAACCGCAUCCUCAGCCCACGGACGCUGAAUCAACAUACCUUGAACCAACGCAGAAGCUGGCAGAUGUUGAAAAUCUGGCUCUUUUCCCAGAUUAA